UCUUGUUGCAGAUGGCGUGUGCAGCUCUGUUAUAGUCGCUUUGGUGUCUUUAUUUAUUUAUCAAUGAAAUAGUAGAAAAUAUCAAUUUACAAAUAUAAUAAUCAAUUUCACUGACUUAUCAACAAAGUGCGAGUUGAAAAAUAAACAAACCGGCCGGUCUUAAGUAUUCGAAAUGUCGCCGCCCCAUCAGCGUGCAAUCACACUAGUGGCGUCGCUUAUCAUCGCUUUUUGCUCGCUAAGUGUAAACGUCGCUGCAAAUGAUGAAAUCAAAAAUGUUUUAAUACUUUUGGCUGACGAUGCCGGUUUCGAGUCCGGCGCUUACUUAAACAAGUUCUGUCAAACACCUAAUCUGGAUGCGUUGGCUGAGCGUGGCUUACUGUUCAACAAUGCCUUCACCUCGGUAAGCAGCUGUUCGCCCAGUCGCGCACAACUUUUGACUGGGCAAGCGAGUCACAGUAACGGCAUGUAUGGCCUGCAUCAGGGUGUGCAUAACUUCAAUGUGCUGCCCGGCGUCUCGUCUCUGCCGAAUGUGUUGCGUGAGAAGUCGCAAGGUCGCAUUUUGAGUGGCAUUAUUGGUAAAAAGCAUGUUGGCGCCAGCGCAAACUUCCGCUUUGACUUUGAGCAGACCGAGGAGCAGCAUUCAAUCAAUCAAAUUGGUCGCAAUAUAACUAAAAUCAGACAAUAUGCACGUCAGUUCUUUGGCCAAGCAAAGCAGGAAGGGCGUCCGUUUUUCUUGCUUGUCGCCUACCACGAUCCACAUCGCUGUGGUCACAUAACACCACAGUAUGGCGAAUUCUGUGAGCGUUGGGGUUCUGGUGAGGAGGGUAUGGGUGUUAUACCGGAUUGGAAACCGAUUUACUAUGAUUGGCGUAAUCUGGAAGUGCCACCACAUUUGCCGGAUACUGAUGUGGUGCGUCAGGAGCUGGCAGCACAAUAUAUGACCACAUCGCGUUUGGAUCAAGGUGUCGGUGUGGUGCUGAAAGAGCUGGCGGCACACGAGUUCGAUGCAAAUACUUUGGUCAUAUACACAUCUGACAAUGGUCCUCCAUUUCCGGGUGGUCGCACGAAUCUGUACGAACGUGGUGUGCGUGAACCGUUGAUAAUAACGGCACCUACAACAAAAGCGCGUCGCCACGAAACCACUGGCGCUAUGACAAGUCUGCUGGAUGUUUUCAAUACAGUUUUAGAUGUGUUCCACUUUUAUACACCAACAGCGAAUGCCACAAAUGCGGAUGGCACCAAAUCUCUGCUGCCCAUACUCUACGAAGAGCCACAACCUGUGGAGAGUGAUGCGGUAUUCGGUAGUCAAAACUUCCAUGAGGUCACCAUGACCUAUCCAAUGCGCAUGAUACGCACACGUCGCUAUAAAUUGAUACAUAAUUUAAAUUAUUGGUCAUACUUUCCUAUCGAUCAGGAUCUCUACACAUCGCCCACAUUUCAACAGCUCUUGAAUGCUACUUUGGCCAAACAACCCUUCCCAUGGUAUAAAACGCUGCUCUCCUACUAUGAGCGCCCAGAAUGGGAAUUAUACGAUAUUAAAGCUGAUCCGCUGGAGCGUUAUAAUUUAAUGGGCAAAGCAAAAUAUCAGCAUGUCUACGACGAAUUGAGCACUCGUCUACUUAAUUGGCAAGUGAAUACAGCGGAUCCUUGGCGUUGUGCGCCGCAUGCCGUGCUAGAGGCGCAAGGUGUUUACCGGGAGAGUCCAACGUGUUUGACAUUGGGUCAUGAGGCACUUCGACGAUCUCUAACGCAGUACGACAAGUAUGAGCUGCUCUAAUAUUUAUGUGCGGAACAAUAAAUAGUAUUUAAUUCAUUACUAAUACUUGAACUAAUUAAUUUAUGAUAUUUUAUA